ACAACGCACGACAUGCGGGUCAGCCGUAUAGACCUACAUAGUGCAGUAACGGUCGUCUUUGUACUUGCUGAGGAGUAUGUGAUUCGGUAAUGGAUGGACAUUUCUCCGCUUUUGAUAAGCAGACAGACAGAAAGUGACAAUACCCUGCUGAAAGGAAAGAAUCGUGAAAAGUAAAAUAUACUGCAGUAUCCAUGACUACAGUACUCUAGAAAAGAUUACAGCUCAUCUGGUCAAAACGUCCUGUAGUACUUUCAGACAUGCAUUCAUGGCGCAGUUGAUUCCUAACUGAAAGCCCAUUCAUGGCGUCCAUCUUCAAAAAACCCAAGCUCUCUGAGGUGCCAAACUGUGAGUUAAGGAAUGACCUUGAGGGGGAAGAAAGUGGACAGAGAGAUAGAUGUACUCCAAGCCAGGAUAGUGGCAGUGACAGGAAACUGGUCAGCAUGGAUGAGGAGUAUUUCAGCAGCUACUCUCAAGUGGACAUCCAUGAAUGUAUGAUUGCUGAUGUGGUCAGGACCAGAACCUACAGGUGGGCCAUGUUAAAGAACUAUGAAAUAUUACAUGGAAAACUGGUGGCAGAUGUGGGAUCUGGCACAGGGAUACUCAGUUUAUUUGCUGUACAGGCAGGUGCUAAGCAAGUUUACGCCAUUGAAGCGAGUAAAAUGGCCAGUCAGUUGCCCGCCAUCACAACUGAAAAUAAAAUUGAGGAGCGUAUCUCGGUUAUUCAUGGGAAAGUAGAGGACAUUGUGUUGCCCGAAUGUGUCGAUGUGAUAAUCAGUGAAUGGAUGGGCUAUUUCUUGCUAUAUGAAUCCAUGUUGAAUAGUGUUAUUCAGGCAAGAGAUCGCUGGUUGAAACCAGGUGGAAUUAUGAUGCCUUCUGUUGCCACGUUAUAUCUGGCUCCUGUGUCGGAUGAAGAUUAUGAAGACAAAAUCUCCUUCUGGAAAGAUGAGGUGACAAAACUUUACAAAGUUUCCUUGGCAACGAUGAUACCAUUAGUUAAAAAGCAGAUGUCCAAAACUGUUGUGGUAAAAACAGUUUCAGCCGAAAGCAUACAAUCUCACGCGGAGAUCAUUUCACAGUUUGACCUUAAAACUGUGACAGAGAAGGAUUUGAAGAUGAUCCACAAAAAAUUCUCAUUCUCCUGUUUUGGACAUUCGGUUCUUCAUGGUCUUGUGGCUUGGUUUGACGUGGGGUUUCCUCAGGAUAUAAAGCUGACUACUUCACCAUUUAAGGAUGAGACUCACUGGGAGCAGUGUGUGAUGUACUGGGAUCAACCAAUCACUGUUGAGCAGGACACUAUGAUAAAGGGCUCCAUUUCUAUAUCACCCAAUCAAAACAGACCACGUUUCCUUGACAUUCAGCUGACGUAUAAAGUGGGUGAUCAUCCACAACAGAGCAAGCAUUAUUACAUGGCAGAUGAUUUAUCUUGAAGCUUUAUGUAAGACCGCACAGUGUAACCCACUGUCAAGACUUCAUCAAGUUCUUGUGGUGAUUCAGCAAUUAAAUCCAUAUGUAUAUUCCAUGUAAUUGAAUGUUUUCUUUUUGGUUUCAUUUUUGGACUGUAACAGAAUGCAGGUACUAUUAAGCAGUUUUACAUGAGGGAACCAAGCAUAAUGGCUAAUAACCGAACUUUAUUGGCUGAAAUGGGAUGGCAGAAUACGUGUCGUUUCAUGGUAACCCCCCAGAAAUCUGAUUUUAUACCUCAGUCUAAUUACACCAUGUACAGAAUUGUCUGGUACAUAUGCAUGUUCUCCAGAAAAAAAUGUUCCAACUAACUGUUAUUUUGCAUGUUGUUUUUUACUUUGUUGUUGUUUAAUAUGACAUAUUAUGGUAAUUUGUGGAGCUCUGUUUAUUUGAUUGAUUUAUUUGAUUUGGUGUUUUACUCAGUAUUCAUGAAUAUUUCACUUAUAUGAAAUUUGGUGCGGAACCCACAACCAUCCGCAGGCUGCUGGUAAAUGUACAUGUACGCGCAUAUGGCCGUGAGAAAGCGAACAUGAGCUUGACUUGAACUUGAUUCAGCAGCAUUUGUGAGAGGCUUCGGGGUCAUUGCGCUGCACUGGCACACUAACCACUUCUGCCACGCAGGCCACUGUGAAGCUCUAGAUAAUGUUGGUACUGAAGCUGGAAUUAAAAGGAAUACAUUUUGUAAAGUUCUAUCAUCGAUCCCUGGCUGUGUGCAGCAGAUCACUCCAUCCAUGUAUUUACGUAUUGAGACUAUUAAGACUUUUUGCGUUCAUGUUUUGACAUAUAACUGGUGAAAGAUCUUCACAAAAUUCUCAUACAUAAAUCGUGGUCAUGUCAACACAGUUUUGUAUUGCAGUCGCAUUUUUGAGCGUGGCAGCAAACGUCAAUCAAAUAAAUACAUAAAUAAAU